UUAGAGACGAGCGGCAGACUUAUUGAAUUGAUUUGAAGAAAUAAAAGAAAGAAGCAGAGGCGAAUCCCCUCGAGAGGUCUGAGACCGCAAACAAGGAAGAAGUGGCCGGCGAACACGGAGGCGUUUGCAAAGGAAGAGUCGCCGGCGAAGGAUGGAGGUGAUGGCAGUGAAGAAUGCUUGAAGACGAAGGAGCAGACGACGAACAAGGAUGGAUGACGAUGACUAUGAGGAUGCUGGUGGUGGCAAUCGAUUCUUGGGGUUUAUGUUUGGAAAUGUGGAUAAUUCUGGUGAUCUUGAUGCUGAUUAUCUCGACGAGGAUGCUAAGGAACAUCUUGAUGCAUUGGCUGAUAAGCUGGGUUCAACUUUGACAGAUAUCGAUUUGUCAACGAAGUCAGCAAAAACACCAUCGGACGCUGUUGAACCAGACUAUGAUGCAAAGGCUGAAGACGCAGUUGAUUAUGAAGAUAUUGAUGAAGAGUACGAUGGUCCAGAGAUUGAAGCUGCUGGUGAGGAAGAUCAUUUAUUGCCAAAAAAGGAAUAUUUUUCUACUGAAGUUUCUUUGGCUACGCUGGAGCCCACAGUUUCUGUAUUUGAUGAUGAAGACUAUGAUGAGGACUUUGAAAAGGUGCAUGAUGUUAUAAAUAGCAGUGUCGAAGCUCGAACUACCCAUGCGUCAGAUGAGAAAGGUGAGUGCCUUGAGGUGGCUUAUGAAGGAGAAAAAUCUGUUGCAGAUGAUGAUAUACAAUCUGCUUCUCUCAAUAAUGAAGUUAUAACCAGUAGUGCAGAAGAAUUGCUCGAGGAGACACCUGAAGUACAGAAAAAACUACUGGACGAGAAAGCUCAUACUCCCUUACCUGUAUUGUGCAUGGAAAAUGGGAUGGCGAUCUUACAGUUUUCUGAAAUUUUUGGUGUUCACGACAGUUUGAAGAAAAAGGAGAAGAGAGAAUCUAGAUAUUGUACUCGUAGAGAUAAAUAUAGGUCUGUGGAUGUAUCUGAUAUUGUUGAAGAGGAUGAAGAGGCAUUCUUACAUGGCUUCAGUCAAGGUGUAUCGUGUGUGAAACCAGCAUCUGUCGUAAAAGAUGAUACUACUAUGUUUAAUCUGGAUGACCCAGAAUUUACUAAAUUUGGUGUAGUGCAAGGGGUUGAUGUAAUGGCUGCAAGAGUGGACUGGCGUCAAAAAGACAAUUGUUGUGGUGCAGAACCCAUGAAACAAGUCUUUGCAGAAAAUAUUUCCAUUGGAUCAAAUUCAUUAUUGUUUAAAAAAUUUUACCCCCUUGAUCAGCAAAAUUGGGAAGAGGGGAUUUUGUGGGAUAAUUCUCCGGUCUUAAGUAAGAACUCUGCUGGUAGUUGUGAGGUAUCUGGAUCUGAUCUGGAAGAUUCAGUUAGUAGUGAUGUGGAACAACAAGUUUCUAUUCAGAUAGUUCGAUCAGAGCACCAUAUAGAUCCAAAUGACAGGAGACAGAGGCUUUCCCAGCACGACCUUCCAUUACUGGAGCCUUUUGGCUCAAGGAAAUUUUCAGGGCCAGAAGAACCUUUCUCACCAGAAAUGAUUUAUCAUCCUCAAAUGUUGAGACUAGAAUCCUGGAAGGAUGUGGACGGAUCCUGCCAAUCAGAGGGUACGAGGGAAAAUUUUUCAGAGGAGCAUCAAAGCAAUGCUAUAAGAUGCUUUAGUAAAUUUUCCCCAAAGAACAGAAGAAUGUUGGAAGGUUCUUGGUUAGACAAAGUAUUAUGGGAAUCAGAUGAACCCAUUGAAAAACAAAAAUUUAUCUUUGAUCUUGAAGAUGAACAUAUGCUUUUUGAAAUCUCAGAUGAAAAGGAAUCUAAAUACAUUCAGUUUCAUGCUGGAGCUAUGAUUUUAACACGGUCAUCAAUGUCAGUCAAUGGAAAUUCUUUUGAGAUAUCUGGCAGUGGAGGUCAAGGUGGCUGGAGAUUUGUUUCUAAUGACAAACACUAUUCCAAUAGAAAAGCAUCUCAGCAACUCAAAUCAAAUUCUAAAAAACGUUCUGUUCAUGGUGUCAAAGUUUUCCAUUCGAAACCUGCGAUGAUGUUGCAGACAAUGAAGCUAAAGUUGAGCAACAAAGAGCUAGCUAAUUUUCAUCGGCCUAAAGCUUCAUGGUAUCCCCAUGAUAACGAGAUGGCUGUCAGAGAGCUACAGAAGUUGCCUACUCAAGGACCAAUGAAGAUUAUUCUGAAAAGUUUAGGAGGCAAAGGCAGCAAACUUUUUGUGGACUCUGAGGAGACUGUUUCGGCUCUCAUGGCCAAAGCUUCAAAGAAGCUAGAUAUGAAGUCAUCUGAAAUAGUGAAAGUAUUUUAUUCUGGAAAAGAGCUUGAACGAGAAAAAUCUUUAGCUGCCCAAAAUGUGCAACCAAAUUCCUUACUUCAUCUUGUUCGUUCGAAAAUAUUUGUAAUGCCAUGGACACAACAUUUACGUGGUGAUAGUAAAUCCGUGAGAUCUCCUGGGGCAUUCAAAAAGAAAUCUGAUCUUUCUGUGAAAGACGGACAUGUGUUUUUGAUGGAGUAUUGUGAAGAAAGGCCUUUACUUUUGGGCAACAUUGGAAUGGGGGCAAGAUUGUGCACUUAUUACCAAAAAUCAUCCCCUGAUGAUCAAACUGGUGCAUUAUUGCGAAAUGGGGGUGAUAGCUUAGGGCAUGUCAUUGUCCUUGAACCUUCUGAUAAAUCUCCUUACAUUGGAGAUAUAAAAGGUGGCUCAGUACAGGCAUCUCUUGAAACAAACAUGUACAGGUCACCUAUAUUCCCCCAUAAGGUGCCAAUGACUGACUAUAUAUUGGUUCGUUCUGCAAAGGGGAAGCUUUCCCUCAGACGUAUUGACAGAAAUUUUGCAGUUGGCCAGCAGGAGCCGUUGAUGGAGGUGUUUUCUCCUGGAACAAAGUCUCUUCAAAUGUUUAUGAUGAAUAGAUUAACUUUAUAUAUAUUUCGUGAAUUCCUUGCUGCUGAAAAGCGUAGAAGACUUCCUUACAUUCGUGUUGAUGAACUACCUUCUCAGUUUCCGUAUCUGUCUGAGACUGUGAUUAGGAAGAAAUUGAAGGAAUAUGCUCUUCAACAGAAAAGUUCUAAUGGACAAACCAUUUUGAUUAAGAAGCGUAAUGCAAGUAUUUCUUUGAAGAAAGAUGCUGUGACACCCGAGGAUGUAUGCAAGUAUGAAAGCAUGCAAGCUGGUCUGUACCGCCUUAAACAUUUGGGAAUUACUGAGGUCCAUCCCUCCGCAAUUUCAUCUGCAAUGAGUAGACUUCCUGAUGAAGCUAUUACUCUGGCUGCUGCAUCUCAUAUUGAAAGAGAGUUGCAGAUAACUCCCUGGAACUUGAGUAGCAAUUUUGUUGCUUGUACGACCCAGGGAAAAGAAAAUAUAGAGCGGUUGGAAAUUACAGGUGUUGGUGAUCCAUCUGGCCGUGGACUUGGUUUCAGUUAUGUUCGUUCAGUUCCAAAAGCACCUAUUUCUAAUGCAUCUUUGAAGAAAAAAGCAGCUUCUAGUCGAGGAAGCUCUGCAGUUACAGGAACAGAUGCUGACCUACGUAGGUUGAGCAUGGAUGCCGCAAAAGAGGUUCUUCUCAAGUUUGAUGUAUCUGAGGAACAGAUCGCAAAACUGACCAGAUGGCACCGAAUUGCUAUGAUACGCAGGCUUUCAAGUGAGCAAGCGGCUUCUGGGGUGCAAGUUGAUCCAACAACCAUCAGCAAGUAUGCACGUGGCCAGCGAAUGUCCUUUCUGCAACUGCAGCGUCAGACGAGGGAAAAGUGUCAAGAAAUUUGGGAGCGGCAAAUUCAGAGUCUUUCAACCUCAGAUGGUGCUGAGAAUGAGAGUGACUCUGAAGGAAAUAGUGACCUGGAUUCCUUUGCUGGAGAUUUAGAAAAUUUGCUGGAUGCUGAGGAAUUUGAAGAUGAAGUUGAUACAUUUGAGAUCCGACAUGAAAAGACUGAUGGGGUCAAGGGUCUUAAAAUGAGGAGACGUCCAUCCAUUGCUCAAACAGAAGAGGAAAUUGAAGAUGAAGUGGCUGAAGCUACAGAGUUGUGCAGGUUGCUGAUGGACGAUGAGGCUGAGAGGAGGAGGAAGAAGAAGAAGAAUAAAGUCAUGGGAGAAGCAAUAUUGGUGCCAGGCCUACAAGCUAGUUUCGGUCAUGAGAUUCCUCAGCAGACCAGGCAUCUUGUUAGUAUUGCCCAACCUGAUAUAGCCUAUACUUCUAAAGAAAAUAUAAGAGAUCAAAAGGAGGUGGAAAGUAUUAUUAAUAGAAAAGACAAGUCUGGAAAGUUCAAACCCAUGAAGAAAAAUUAUAGUUCAGAGAUGAGCCUACUCAAUAAGAAACUGAAGAUAUCAGGAGACAAAGUCAAGAAUUUCAAGGAGAAGAAAUCAGCUCGAGAAAGCUUCGUGUGUGGAAAGUGUGGUCAGUUUGGACACAUGCGGACAAACAAGAACUGCCCCAAGUAUGGAGAAGAUAUGGAAACACCGGAGACAACAGAUCAAGAAAAAGUAUCUAUAAAGUUGAAUACCGUGGACCCAUCAAGCCAAUCCCAUCAGAAAGCUCACACUAAGAAGGUUACACCUAAAACCAUCACAAAAAUUUCUACAACUGAGACAUUUGAAGGUGAAAAAUCUACAUUGAUGGCAAAAAUGCUUCCAGUCAAAUUCAAAUGCAGCUCGAGUGAGAAGCUUUCUGACAAUCUUAGUCCUGGAGUGCCGCAGACUUCCGACUUGCCAUUCAAUUCUGACAAUGAAACUGGAAAAUCUGUUGUCAAGGUUAACAAGAUCACGUUUUCUAAGAAGAGAAAUGAAGACAUUCAGUUUGAAUCUCAUAAACCCUCAAUUGUGAUACGACCUCCUGAUGCUAAAAAAGUUUAUGCUGAAGCUCAUAAGCCCUCCAUUGUAAUAAGACCACCAACAAGUAUUGAUAGAGACAGAAUGGAAUUUCCCAGACGCUCGGCCACCGUAGUAAGGUCACCAGCUGAAACAAAAAGAGAGAAGCUUAACAAAAAACUCAUAAUCAAAAGGCCAAAAGAGGUUAUUGAUUUGGAUCAGAUGGGUUUUGAUGCGAGUGCUGGUAUGCAAUACAGGAAGACUAAAAGAAUAGUUGAGCUGUCGAGUUUCGAAAAUCAUACAAGGCCUGGAAGCAUGAGUUCAGCUGAGUCUGGAAAAAAGAAAGUUAGAGAAGAUCAAAUAUGGUGGGAAAAGCAAGAGAGGCAGAAAAAUGAAGAGAGACUAAGAGAAGAGAAGGCGAGGAGGGUUUACAAGGAAGAAAUGAGGAUGCGGGAUGAACAAGAGAAGUUAGCAGAGAUUAGAAGAUUUGAAGCCAGCAUUAGAAGUGAUAAGGAGGAAGAAGAACGUAUAAAAGCAAAGAAGAAGAAGAAGAAACGAAUCCCGGAAAUAAUGGAUGACUAUAUGGAGGACCCCAGAUCAAGACAAAGGAUUCCAGAACGAGAUCGCGUUGUGAAAAGGAAGCCUAUUGAGUUGGGAAGACAUGGUGCAGAGCACGCAUCAUCGACAAAGCGCCGUAGAGGGGGAGAGGUCGGUUUGUCGAAUAUUUUGGAGCGGAUUGUGGAGGCCCUCAAAGACAACUUCGAAAUUUCUUAUCUCUUUUUAAAACCAGUGUCCAAGAAGGAGGCUCCUGACUACCUCGAUAUCAUAGAGCGUCCAAUGGAUCUUUCUACCAUCAGAGAGAAGGUUAGAAAGUUGGAAUACAAGACCAGGGACGAGUUCAGAACUGACGUAUGGCAGAUAAUGUAUAAUGCUCACAUGUAUAAUGAUGGGCGCAACCCAGGUAUUCCUCCCCUAGCAGACAAGCUUUUGAUGCAUUGUGACAAUCUAUUAAACGAAAAUGACGAUGAAUUGACUGAAGCCGAAAUCGGAAUCGAGUAUAGGGAUUCAUAGGGGUGGAGUACUUUUCGGAUUGAGCCUUUUGUGUAGUAUAUACAUGUAGUCUAGUGUAGUGGGGCAGACCCCUCAUCUCCAUGGCAAGUAACUUAACAUAUAGCGUUCAGUUUAGGAAAGGUGGUAGCAAUUCGUCGAAGAGAGUUAAGGGUAAGAAGGCAGGUGUAGAACACGACCUUGCCCAAUUGAAUGUUUUGCCAAAAAGAUUAAAGAGAGAUUUGAGGGUUAGAACUUGUUGAUUAACCAGCGUUUCAUAGCGUAUAGCCAUGUAUAUAAAACCCGAGUUGAAAAUUUUUUGGGGUUCAAUAGAAAUGUAUUUUAUUGUCACCAUAGUGAUGUCCAUACGAAUGUAUGUAAAACCUGAGUUGAAACUUCUGUUUGGGGAUUAAUAUUAAUGUAUUUUGUUUCCCCCAAAGUUGCUAUUGACACAUUUUAUACCUAAGGUCAAGUGGUUUGUGUUUUCAGUAAUUGACUGUAGAGGCAAGAAAAGAAAAUAGGAAAUAUAUUUUUAGUUGGCUGAA